CCCUUUUCUCUCACUCAGUUGUCCAGGAGUAAGCUGCAAGUUGUUACCCCAACUGAGAGCUCAGAGAGCAGGCGAGAGAUCAGAGGGGAGGGAGUCAGACGGCAAAUGGGAGCAACGGGUCUGAGGAACCGAGUAAAACUGGAGUUAGACUGAGUAAGAGGGCAGAAUCGAGUGUGAGGUGCUCAUUGCCUGGGGGCUCUGCUUUCUGUGUAAAAUGCUGUGUGAUACUCUGUCAGGCAGUGUGCUGUUGGUGUUCUCUGCGCUCUGGGCUGCCUGUGCCUUAGGCCAGCGCCUGCGAGAGCAGGACGUCCUCUGCAAUGAGCACGGCUGCUAUGUGCUUUACUAUCAGUCCAAGACUUUCUUGGAAUCAUGGAGGAGCUGCAGGCAGAAGAAUGGAAGUCUGGCUACGCUGACCCACCCGGAGGAGGCGGCAGAGGUACGGAAGCUCUUUUCAGGUGUGCAGCUGUAUGAGAGGCAUGCCCGCGUGCGAGUGUGGAUCGGUCUGCAGAGGCAGCCGCGCCAGUGCUCCAGCACCCACCCGCUCCGAGGAUUCACUUGGACCACCGGUGACCAGGACACCAAGUACACCAACUGGCUGCAGGGGGACGCACCUGAAAGGUGUUCCUCGCCACGCUGUGUACACAUGAGCUACAGCACUGCCCCUAGCGAGAGCUACAGGAACUUCAAAUGGGAAGACACCACAUGCUCACAUCCUGUGGAUGCGUUCCUGUGCCACUAUGCCUACAAGGGGAUGUGCCCACUCAUCCAGGCUGAGGGUGGGGGUCCUGUACGGUACUCCACCCCCUUUGACUUUCUCAGCACACAGAUCACUCACGUGCCUUUAGGCUCCCUGGCCACCAUUCCCUGUCCGGGCAGCACUGUGCCAGACCAGACAGCUUUUUGUAUCCUGAGGAAUUAUGAGAAAGUGAUCUGGUCCAAAAACAGCUCUUUUUGUUCCGAGGAAUUACCGGACUUGUGCCAGCGAGACAAUGGAGGAUGCCAACACACCUGUAGGAUGGCAGGCACCCAAUAUUACUGUGAGUGUGACAGUGGUUACAUUUUAGAAGAUGAUGGGCUCACAUGCUCUCCAGGUAAUGAUUGCCAGUAUGUGCAAUGUGAUUUUAAAUGUGUACCCAGCUCUGAAGGGUACCUAUGCACGUGUAUGGAGGGAUACCUGCUGGCAUCGGACAACCACAGCUGUGUGGAUGAAGAUGAAUGCCUGCAGAGCCCCUGUCCCCAGCUCUGUGUCAACACUCCAGGCUCCUUCCAGUGUCAUUGCCUUGAAGGCUAUCAGUUUGAUGAGACCGGCGAUUGUGUAGACGUGGACGAGUGCCUGGAUAACCUCUGUGAGUACGCCUGUCAGAAUACCGCCGGCUCCUAUAUCUGCCACUGUGAGCCUGGCUUCUCUCCUGUGCCUGAGGAUCUCAGCCGCUGCCAGGACACCGACGAGUGUCAGAUACCGGGCACCUGCCAGCAGAUGUGUGUAAAUUACGAGGGUGGCUUCGAGUGCCAUUGUGAGGAAGGGCAAGCUUUGCAAUUGGACAACUACUCCUGUAAGCCCAUCCCAGAGACUGAGGAGCUCUCCAGUACCACGGCCUCUUAUCUGCCAUGGGACGCCAGCCUAUCACAGAUUCCAGACUUCAUUUGGCCACAGUGGCCAGAGAAGGACUGGCAGACCGAACCUCCAGCUUUGGCCUGGUGGACAGAUCAACCCAAGCUGCCGGCUCCCAACCCGAAGGAGCUGACUGAGAUCCUACAAGAUGAAAAAACCAGCAGGCCAAAUGAUGACACCCCAAGCUGGGAUGAAUCUGAUAGUGGGGAUCGGACGCCAUACCCUCUAACAUCUUCUCCAGUUGGCCCAUCCUUCCCCUACUGGUUUCAGACUGAAAUCACAGACAACCCUUUGACUUCCUUCUCUAACUUCAUAACGUCUCCCAAUGCAGAGAAAAGCGACGUACCACGAGGAACCAAAUUACACAACGGAGACAAUGACAGGCCUGAGACAGCAAACUCAGACUGGCAGACAGCUUUGCCACCAGCCUCCACUCUCAGUCUUAUCUUCCCUACCACACAUACUGAGGAGUUUACAAAAAGGAAUAACACACAACAUAAAGACAACACCUGGUUGCUUGUGGCAUUGCUAGUGCCCCUCCUCAUCAUUGUGCUGGCAUUGGUGGUACUGGGCAUUGUGUAUGGUACCCGAUGCGGCAUCAGGCCACGCAAUAAAACUACAUCUGACUGUUACUAUUGGAUCAGUGGCUCUGGAGACAAAGUGGACCCUCCUAAGUCCCAGAUUUAAGCUGGUGGUCAAGGAAGGAGUCAGUGAUAAUAGAAGAGUAAAGGAAUUUUAAAGGGGGUAAGUAUUUUUUUUAACAAAAAGGGCCAGGGGUUCAUGUGGAGAGCACAGGACUGCGGCCUCAGGUCCUGCCAGGGACCUAAGUGUAGAAUACCCUUGGAGAAAGGGGGACUUUCUCUCCAAACCAGUGACAAUUUACCUUCUUGAAAGGACUUGAGAACAUGUUUGCAAUGCUCCAAGCCAAAUUUCAUCGGUAUACUUAAAAUCUUUAAUUGUUAUGUGCAAACGGACCUUGCUAAAAUUCCAAAGAAAGCCAUGGGUGGAAAGAGUAAGAAUGAGAUCUGAUGAAUAGUGUGCGAAAAUCUUUGAGGCUGACUUGUGAAAUUACAAAUCUUAAUAUAGUGCUAAGUAAGCCUCCCCUACAUGUUCUUUGCUAGCUGUAAAAGGUGUUAAUGAUUACAUAUUAGUUACAAUGAUAAUCACAAGUGCAUAGAACUUGAUGAAUCUGGAUGAGUUUCUUAGACGUGUAUUUUUUGCAGCAUGUCUUGUAAUUCCUUCAUGUAAUUGUCUUCAAUGCUGUGGUUUUACUACUGAUUUGUGGAUGCUAAGCUUGGUCUUUUAGGAAUAGUCAUCUCCUCAUAUGAAAUAAGAAAAUAAAAAAUAGUGAGACUCAGAGAAGCUACAAGAUUCAUGGCAACACAUCACACCAACUUCAUCACUUUUGGUGGAUUGGAAGAAUUUUCAGCACUUGAAUCUGCAGGUUGGCAGGGAUUCUGAGAAAUCUCUACAAAUUCCCUGCAUUCCACCAAUCUCGGAAUGAUUCCUGCAAGCUCCAGGAGGACAGUUCCCCUACAUCUGCUGUUGCCAUGGCCUGCAGCGCCCCCUGGGAAGUUUCAGAGGCAUAGAUGUAAACCCAGUUAAUUCUUGGUUUGGAAGUGUCUCAGAGGGUUGAAAUCAAAUAUUCACUAGGACUUAAGUCUGUGUGCUUUUCACUUUCAAAACAUGCUAAGUUCCCAUCUACUGUCUACUGGAAAUUACCCAGGCAAAUGGAUGUAAAUAAUGUGUUACAUAUUUGACACAAAUAACAUGUUUCUAUUCACCUUAAAGUCAGCACAGUCUUAAGCGAUAAAUGUUUUUCAACUUAUAAUCAGUUUGUCUAGAAAUCGUAAGACUACAAAGAACUAGACAGAGAAGCAAAAUGUAAUAUGAUAGAAAUGCAAUAUAUUGUACAGUGGAUUUUUAGUGUAUGCUAUUUUUCUCUCCCAUUCAAUCUCAGAAGGAGGCAUCUGGAUAAAAAUGAAAUAAAAUAAACAACAAUUUUUCUAUUAGACAUGAGGACAUGAGAGUCAACUUUAAAAGCCUGUCACAAAACAAAGCUCAUUUUAUCUUGUAAUUUUUUUCCACAACCAACAAUAAAUGGCAGUAAACUUUCUGAAAACUA